AUGGAUCCCCUUUCCGACCCAGAUACCAAGAUGGCCAAUCCGGAGAAGCCCAUCACCGAUGAGGAGCAGCUGGCAGCCCUGGGCCAUGUGCAAGAACUUCGCCGUGAAUUCUCGUUGUGGUCCAUUGUAUGCCUCCAGAUCUCUAUGAUGGCCACCUGGGAGGCCCUGUCAUCUGUGGUGGCCACGGCCUUGACCAACGGCGGCGCCCCGUGUCUGUUCUACAAUUAUAUCAUCGCCCUGAUCGGGACCAUUCUGAUUGUACUCUCACUGGGAGAGAUCGCCUCCAUUUAUCCCACUGCGGGGGGUCAAUAUCACUGGGUGCACUGCCUCACCCCUCCCUCCUAUCAAGCCACGGCGUCAUGGUUCACUGGAUGGAUCUCCAUCGGUGGUCAGCUUGUCUUCUCUGCCUCGGCCGCCUUUGCAGCAGGACUGCAGUUGCAGGCUCUCAUCACGCUUAACCACCUCGACACAUACACACCGCUGCGAUGGCAAGGGAUGCUCUUCUAUUGGGCCAUUUUGGCGUAUUCUGCAGCGCUGAAUGUAUGGGGAUCGAAGAUCCUGCCACAUACCAACACUGCCGCAGGCAUACUGCAUGUCGUUGCCUUCAUUGCGAUCGUGGCAGUGCUGGGCUCCAUGUCCUCCAAACAUUCCGCGGAGUAUGUCUUCACACAGUUUUCCAACACCAGUGGCUGGACAAACGACGGUGUUUCCUGGCUCGUUGGGCUCUUGAGCACAGUGUACCCCUUUCUCGGAUAUGAUGCCGCGUGCCACCUGAGCGAAGAGCUCCCCAAGCCUUCCCGGAAUGUACCCUUAGCCAUGGUGGGGAGCGUGGCCAUCAACGGCAUGAUCGGCUUGGUCUAUACAAUCGUGCUCUUAUUUGCCUUGGGUGACCUCGAUGGACUGUUGGCCUCCAAGAUUGGUUUUCCUUUCAUGCAGCUGUUUCUUAAUGUCACCAACUCUGCGGCAGGGGCGUCUAUCCUGGCGCUGUGCAUCAGUGUGAUCGCGCUGGCCGCCAAUGCUGCCUGUGUGACUUCCACCAGCCGUACCGCGUGGGCCUUUGCCCGCGACAACGGCCUGCCGGCCUCGAAAUUCUUUUCGGCGGUCAGCCCGACCCUGAAGGUUCCGGUACGCAUGGUGCUCGCCGUCUCUUUUCUCCAGAUGCUGCUGGGGUUAAUCUACCUCGGGAGCUCCACUGCCUUCAAUGCCGUGCUCUCCAUGGCCAUCUUAGGCAUGUAUGCCUCCUACUUUUCGCCCAUUCUGUUCAUGUUUCUCUAUGGCCGACAGGCCUCCGCGCUGGUGGUCCGCGGGCUGGGAUCGGGCAGUUUCGACUUGGGACCGCGUUGGGGACCUGUGGUGAACGUUGGCGCAAUGCUGUGGUUGAUUCUGGCGAUGGUGUUUAGCACCUUCCCGACGGUUGAGCCGGUGACGCCUGUCAACAUGAACUAUUGCGUCGUCGUCACGAUGGGGUGGAUGGUGAUCGGAGCUGUGUAUUACUAUUUGUUUGGGGGGAAGAAACAUUUCACCGGCCCCGUAGUGGCGCUGACCGAAGGACUGUGA